AUUAAUCAUAGAAACGUCAAAACAAUAUGAUUUUGGUUAUGUACGUUUGAGUAUUGUUUAUUUAAAGCGAUAAAAUGAUUUUACGACCUCUAGAUGACGAUGUGGUUUAAAAAUGUUACAUUCGGCGGUGCGAAAAUUAAAACAUAGAGCCGCACUUUUAUUGUGCUCAGCGUUAUGUUUUAUAUUAUUUGUUAGUUACUUUUUACUUUCACCGGACGAGCCGCAAUAUCGCGGUCACAAGCGACAGUCUGGAAUUAUCGAGCAGAAUGAAUUGCUUACGAAAGCGCUGGAUAAAGCUAACGAUCGUAUACAAGAACUUGAGGCUAGGCUUGAUCGAUUUGAGUCGAGGGUACCGAAAAAGUAUCCCCAAGUAAAAUCUUUGAAUUAUAUUGCGAGGAAAAGAAUUUUGAUAACUGGUGGAGCUGGGUUUGUUGGUUCACAUUUAGUGGAUAAAUUAAUGUAUGAUGGGCACGAAGUAAUCGUAGUAGAUAAUUUCUUUACCGGACGAAAAAGAAAUGUAGAACAUUGGAUCGGACAUGAAAAUUUUGAGUUAAUACAUCAUGACAUUGUGAAUCCUUUAUUUAUAGAGGUGGAUGAAAUUUAUCAUUUGGCUAGUCCUGCUAGCCCCCCUCAUUAUAUGCACAACCCUGUUAAAACCAUUAAAACAAAUACUUUAGGAACUAUUAAUAUACUAGGUCUAGCACGUAGAGUAAAUGCCAAAGUAUUAAUAGCGAGUACUUCUGAGGUGUAUGGGGAUCCCGAUAUUCAUCCACAACCUGAAACUUAUUGGGGACAUGUUAAUCCAAUAGGUCCCAGAGCGUGUUAUGAUGAAGGUAAGCGCGUUGCGGAAACGUUAACUUACGCAUAUUCAAAACAAGAAAAAAUGGAAGUGAGGGUAGCAAGAAUUUUUAAUACAUUUGGGCCUAGAAUGCAUAUGAAUGAUGGUCGAGUUGUUUCAAAUUUUAUCUUACAAGCACUCAAAGAAGAUGUUAUAACAAUUUAUGGCCCUGGGGAACAAACUCGUUCAUUUCAAUACAUUUCCGAUUUAGUCGAUGGAUUGGUAGCUCUUAUGCACUCAAAUUAUUCACAACCUGUAAAUAUAGGAAAUCCUGUUGAACAUACUAUAAAUGAAUUUGCAACGAUAAUAAAGGAUCUAGUCGGUGGUAAAAGUAAAAUAGUUCAUUUAGCAGAAGUUGAGGAUGACCCGCAAAGAAGACGACCCGAUAUAACAAGGGCCAAGACUGUUUUAGGAUGGGAACCAAAAGUUUCUUUAAAUGUGGGUCUCCGAAAAACCGUGGAGUAUUUUAAAAGGGAGUUGCAACGGUUUAAUUAUACUCAUAAAGAUAAAUUAAUUACAUAAUAGUUUUUUUUUCAUAAUUUAUUGUUUUUUUUGCAAAAAGAUUUUCUUUUUAUAAUUGAUAGUUUAUCUUGUUUUAUUUUCUAUAGAUUUGCUGUGAUUAUUGAUUAUUAUCAAUAUUAUUUAUAGAGUUUCCAGCUGGAUUCACCUUUCUACACUUAAAAUGCUCUUUUUUGUACUCAAGUGCAACCAGCCGAAAACACUAUUAGAUUAUAUUCCUAUUAUUUGUAAGAAUAAAAUUAUAAAUAAAUGAUCCAACCUAAUAAAA